AUGCCGAAACGGAAAGCAGAAGCUCAGCUAAAGCGUGAGAAGGUUGAGGAAGAGGAGCAGCCGGAGGAGCAGCGGAAAGCCGCUGUCGAUGACGAAGGUGACGACGCCAAGGAUGAUGAUGGCAAAGCGGAUGAUGAUAGCAGCGAUGAAGGGGAAAGUAAUGACGACGAGGACGAGGACGAAGACGACAGCGAUGAUGAUGACAGCGACAGCGAUGACGACUCCUGCCCAGAUGCCUCCGCAAGCGAAGCUGAAUCGGAUGACGACGAGGAGGGGGAGGCUUAUAAGGAGGUCAACGUGCAAUUUGAAUUCUUUGACCCCCAAGAACGGGACUUCCUAGGGCUCAAAGCGCUGCUCAACACGUACUUGGACGGCCAGCAGUACGAUUGCAGCGGAUUGGUGGACGCCAUAAUACGGCAGACGGCUGUUGGUACGGUAGUGAAGUCUUCCGAGGAGGAUGACCCGUUUGCCGUACUAACUGCCUUCAACACCAGCCGUGGUCCCGCGGCCGGCAGCUCCUGGCUGGGGCAGCUGCGGAGCUAUCUGAGGGACCACUGCCCGGACGAGGCCACAAGGGGGAAACUGGACAAGGCAAGAACAGAUAGACGGAUACAGUCCCGGAGUGGGCAAACAUACAUGGACUGGACAGCAUUUCAGGACCGAUUGGAUGACGGACCACUGCUGUGCUUGAGCAGUAGUCUUGGCGGCGGCGCUGCCACAGGGGCCUUUUCUGAUGCUGGUACGGCACUUCUGGUUUCGGAGCGACUGAUCAACUGCCCCCCCCAGCUGGCUCCACCGCUGAUGCAAAUGCUGAUGGAGGAAAUAGAGGGAGCUGCCCGCGACGAGGACUACCCCGCGGAGGAGCGGGAGGAGUUCGCCUUCCGCCGCUACCUGCACGUCACCCGAGUUUACACGGACACCCUGGAGGGGGGGGAGGCGGAGGAGGAUGGCGAGAACGGCAGUGCGGGUGGUGCGGGUGGUUCCGGAGGCAGCAAUCUCAACAAGAGCUCUUUUCGGGGGAAGAAGGGCAACGGCGGUGCGGCAGGCAAGGAGCAGCUCGUUGUGUAUGUGAGGCCGGAGGACGAGUACCUCCACCAGGUCUGUUCCUGGAGCUUCACUUUCCCCUUGGAGGGCCGUCCGGUGGCUAAGGGUGACCUGAGGCCGCUGCGUGCCGUCAUGUGUGUUUCGGCUGAGCGCGUGGGAGAGGCGCGAGCCAUGAUGGACCUGGUGGUGGGGAAUAUGAUGGCGGAGGGGGCAGAAGGGGGGAAGCGUGUUGACAAGGCGCGGGAAAAGGCCGGGGGAAAGGGGUUGUAGGGUAGGAGUUGAAAGCUACUGCCGCUGCUACUGCUCCGCUAUGCGGCUGCAGGUGUUGUUGGAGGAUGCGGGAGCGAGUUUGUGUUUUAGAGAUUGGUGCUGGAAACCCUUUUUGUUGGUGUUUGAAACCCAUAUUGACUGUAACGGUAACUGUAACGAUAACGGUAACUGU